CGAACCCACGAACCGUGAGAUGGUGACCUGAGCCAAAAUUCGGCUGAGCCACUCAGGCAUCCCUUCAGCCAUCUUUGAUGUCCACAAUACCCGCAGGGACCAUGCGAAGCCACAGGAGGGAGCCCACGAGGGCAUCAAGGGAUUGACAUUGCCCUAAGGCAGCUGGGGGUGGGGGGCAGGAAGCAGUGCUGUCAGAAACUCUCCUUUUAUUAUCUUAGCUGAGGAAGUUCCUACUAGUACAAGCAUUAUUGGAAGAUACCUUCUCUGAGAGGGUUAUUACUGCAUAUCCAGAAAUUCCUUAGAAUCACACGACCCAAUUUACGUCACUUACAUUUCUCAUUGUGCCUUCGUUUAUUCUGCGCGGUCUCCAGCGGACCCCCUUCUACCCUGAAACAUAUACCGGAGGCCUCAAUUCGAUCCGCCAGAGUAUCUGGUUGAUUCAGAGAGCCACAUCGCUGGGAGCCUUAUCAGAAAGGUUUGACUCCAGGGCCUUUAGCCAGCAUAACUUAAUGAUUGGCUCGAUGGGUUUCGAAGCAAACAAAUCAAAGCAGCUCCACCAUCCCCUUAGGAGAAAAGCUGCUGUUCAGUCCAGGAAGACGUGUGCCAUAAGAGAGUAGGAGACACUCCCAAAGAGAUUCAGUGCCCAUUUGGUCUUCCACCAUCACAGAUGGCAGCAAUGGCGGCAGCCUGGAAAACUACGGAGCCUUGGUCUUCUCAUCCCGUAUACGCAAGAUACUGGCGACACUACCAUCAGGCGAUGGCCUGGAUGCGAAGCCACCAUAAUGCCUACAGGAAGGCCGUGGAGUCUUACCUCACCGGCCCGUGGUUCUUCCCUCCUGCGUCUCUCCCCAGAAGCUCUUACGCUGACAAGGCCGGGUCUCCUUGGCCCUCUCGUGACCGCCCUCCGGCCCCCCCGGACUCGCGCCGCAGCCACUCACAUACUAGAAGGUCCGGGCAGCGUUCGCGGGCCUGCGCGACAGAAAAGCGGGCUCGGCCCGCAGAGGAGGAGGCGGACAGCGAGUCGGACGGGGGCGUGGAGUGCGACCUGAGCAACAUGGAGAUCACCGAGGAGCUGCGCCAGUACUUCGCAGAGACCGAGCGGCACCGGGAGGAGCGACGGCGGCAGCAGCAGCUGGACGCCCAGCGCCUGGACGACUACGUGAACGCCGACCACGGCCUGUACUACGGCACCCGGCGCUCGGUGGAGCCCCCCUCCGAGAGGCCCGGCGAGCGGCGCCAGGCCGAGAUGAAGCGCCUGUACGGGGACAGCGCCGCCAAGAUCCAGGCCAUGGAGGCCGCCGUGCAGCUGAGCUUCGACAAGCACUGUGACAGGAAGCAGCCCAAAUACUGGCCGGUCAUUCCGCUCAAGUUCUGAGCCCGGGGCGCAGCGUGCCCAGCCAUCACCCCCUUCCCCUCCCGCGCAUCUUCUCAGGGAAAUGUCUCUCAGCCCGAGAAAAAGGCAUGUUCACCAAAGUCCCAGGGGGCCCACCACAGGGGUAACACGUCGGCCGCUUGAAGUCGGCGAGACGGAUACUGUCGCCAACAUGAAACAUUUUCUUUUGGCCUAAAGUGAUGAUUUCAUGUAGAUUAUACUUGGUUUUGAGGUUAAUAUUCGGUUCAUUAAAAUCCUCUUUUUGCCA